AUGAACAAGAUGCCCUCACCCAACCCACAACACAAGCUCGGACUAGCUUGUGAGGAAUGCCGCAGACGAAAGCUUCGUUGUGACCGUCGUCAACCGAGUUGUGGUCUGUGUGAAAUAUCAGGUGUAGAAUGCCAAAUCACCGCUCGGCCGCCCCGCGGUCCUAAACGUGGAUACCUCAAAAUCCUCCAGAAUCGAAUUGCCAAUUUAGAACAGCUUCUACUGCAAAAAGGCCCUGACUCGACAGAGCCAUUCAAAGAUGAUCCCGAGCCCAACUUUGCUGCGUUGAAUGAUCAUAUUGACCUGAUGAAAUGGCAGUUCCCGAUCACUAUCGAGGGAAGACAGCUUGGUGGUGACUUUGAUUCAACAAAGACAUCAAUUCCCUCGGCUGCAUCCUCCGUGGAUGGAUUAGGCGGGGUCACAUCUUCCUUAGUGGAAGGCCUCGCAGGGCACUGCGGUCUAACUUCACAUCCAAUGACAAUCGGUGUGAACAUCUCCAAAUUGAUGGAGGCUGACUUGCAAGUGCAAGAUAAACCCAUUUUCUCCCAUGCGCUAAUGGCUUUCCCAGAGACCAGCUAUACUUUGAUAGAGUUCAAAGACUCCUCCCAAUACUCCACAAGAGUCGAUACGUUGCGCUGA